AUGUUUGCCAGGUGUGCUAGAAGGUACGUUUCAGGCGGGGUGCGCAGCCGUUUCAGUUCGAGCGCGGUGACCCGCGGCAACGGCAGCAGCAGCAGCAGCACGAGGGGCAAGUUUCUUACAUGGGGGGUUGGUGUCGUUGGGCUGGGUGCGGCGACGGCAUUGUACGCGGAUACGCUCACCGCGGAGGCAAUGACUGCCGCGGAGCACGGGCUGCACCCGCCGAGCUACGAGUGGUCGCAUAAUGGGCCCCUCGAGUCCUUUGACCACGCAUCGAUACGCAGAGGGUACCAGGUGUACAGGGAGGUCUGUGCCGCGUGCCACUCGCUGGACCGUGUUGCCUGGAGAACCAUGGUCGGUGUGUCGCACACGGACGAGGAGGUCAAAGAGAUGGCCGCGGAGUUCGAGUACGAUGACGAGCCGGACGAGCAGGGGAACCCAAGGAAAAGACCUGGGAAACUGGCGGAUUACAUUCCGGGGCCGUACCCGAACGAGGAGGCCGCACGGGCGGCAAACCAAGGUGCUUUACCGCCAGACUUGUCCCUGAUCGUCAAGGCGAGACACGGCGGGCCAGACUACAUAUUCUCUUUGCUCAUGGGGUACCCGGAGGACCCACCAGCUGGCGUGACUUUACCCACUGGGUCCAAUUACAACCCGUACUUCCCCGGUGGGGCCAUCGCGAUGGCGCGUGUCCUGUUCGACGACCUCGUGGAGUACGAGGACGGCACUCCAGCAACGUCGUCACAGAUGGCAAAGGACGUGACCACGUUCCUCCAGUGGUGUGCGGAACCAGAACACGACGAGCGGAAAAAGGCCGGGCUCAAGGCAGUCCUCAUGCUAUCGACGCUGUACUUGCUCUCCGUGUGGGUCAAGAAGUUCAAAUGGGCAGGUAUAAAGAACAGGAAGUUCGUGUUCAACCCGCCAACGAAGAGGUAA